ACAACAAAGCUUGAAGUUGUCUUUUGGAUUUCAUUGUGAAAAGCCUUUGGGUAGUUUUUAGAUGACAGAAGAUCCUUCUCUGGAAGUGAGGAGUUCUGCCAAAACUUUGAAGAUCCCUGUAAACUUUGCAAAUUACCCAUCUUUUGGAGACAAUUAUAUCAAAUGAUAUCAUGGAUUACAAUACAUGAGAAGUGUUUAGAGCCUGGAAGAUUAUUUAUGUUUGGCAUUAACUCUUAUGGUCAUAAUUUCAAGUGGAGAGGAAAGGAAUACACAGGAACCCUCUUAUUCUCUUUUGAAAUAUGAAGAUCACAGGAAAAGAAGGGCUUAAAUUGUGGAGUGAUGGUCCUCAAAACCUGUCUGUGCAUUAACUGGCAUCCUACACUAUGAAAACAACAAGGCUUUCCAGGCACGGUGUGGACCUCAUGAAUUGUUAGCCUUGCUUUGAGAUCUGAGUUUUUAUACACCACAGGAGGAAACUGCAGACUGUGGGGCAGGGUACCUAUACAAAUGUUGGAUUAAUACAUUGGAAGCCAAAUUCAGGAACUAACACUCCACUGGUGAAGAAAAAGAGAAGCAUGGACAGCACUAAAGAUGAUGAUAGACUGUUGAAGAGGAUUGCAUUUCCAGGAGCUGUGUCCCUGGCUAACAGCCACAUGCACCCCCAUGGGGUACCCCUGAGAGAGCCCUUUGGGGUUCCCUUCCACCUGAACCCAUCUUACUGGGAGCAAGCCUAUAGUGGGCACACAGGUCGCAUCUCCUACAUCCCAUUUCCUGGCUACAUGGGCAUCUAUGACUAUUCCUUCGAGCCUGCCUUCGUUCGGAAGAGGAACGAGCGGGAGAGGCAGCGGGUGCGCUGCGUGAACGAGGGCUACACGCGCCUGCGGGAGCACCUGCCCAAAGAAUUCGCUGACAAGCGCCUCAGCAAAGUGGAGACCCUGAGAGCUGCAAUAAGCUACAUCAAAUACCUGCAGAGCUUGCUGGACUGCCAUCCCUUGGGCUCUACCAGCAAGGAAACGCUCUCUGCCAAGGAGUGCCCAGGAACUCCCAGUCCGGCUUCCCUGCGGGAGUGCAACAGCGAUGGAGAGUCCAAAACGUCUUCAGCAUCAUCCCCCUACAGUGAAUUUGAGGAGACGGGCAGCUAGGUCUCCUCUCUGGAAACACAAAACUUCGAGUCUGGCUGAAAAACUAUUUCAAACCCUGGGAAAUUUUCUACAGAUGAAAAUUAAUAUUGGGGAAAGGAAAAGCAGAUAGGGAAGGCAAAAAAAAAGGUAUUUUCACUCUUUCAAAGGACUUUAAAUGUUUGCUGUAUAAAACUUAAAUGUGAUUUGUAAACAAACAGAUAUCUUUCAGGCUGCUUCAGCUGUGUGUUACUAAGCUUCCUUUGGACUGCUAAACUGGAGCAACAUUUGCAUUCUACUUUGCAUUCAGCUUUUGUUCUGUUCUAUUUUUUUUGCCUUUCACUGGAGAAAGUAAAACCAGAUAAAUCCAUUUCAGGAAAUUCCCCUCCCCUUUAUCCUGCUUUGUCCAGUGAGUAUUACUGUCUGUUUUUCUCAACUGCUAUCCUGAGAUGCACUGCACUGCAAACACUUGGAGUGGGGAAGGCAAAUGGGGAGCAGCAGAAUGGCAAGACUGCGGCUGCACCCAGAUCUUCCCUGAGGCUGUCCUGAUACACACCUGGAAGCUCUGAAAACUCAAGAGGAACAGCAUUCCCCAUCACCCUGAGGGUGUGCUUUUUGGACUGUGACAGGAAUGAACCCAUCCCUCCAGCAGCACUGAAGCCUCAGGAGAAGAGAGCAUGCACUGAGCAUGGCACAUCUUCAGCCAUGCUCCACAGAGGGGUACCACUACAAUCAGCAGCACUCAGAGGAGCAGAAGGAUCUGGUCCCUGAAUCACAGAUUUGUGCUUAAAUAGGAAAGACCAAUAA